AUGGCGGAUAAAGGGAUUCAUGUCCUCAUGGUCACUUUACCAAUGCAAGGCCACAUAACUCCCAUGCUAAGAUUUGCCAAACGCCUUGCCUCAAAGGGCCUUCAUGUAACAUUAGCCACCACUGAAGUUGCGGAAGAAGAAGUGGUCACUCACAUUAUCUCCACCAUCGGAGAAGAAAACCCUAAAAUCCAUGUCGAAUUCUUCUCCGAUGGCCUAAGCCUCGACACGGAUCGGGAUAAGCUUGCGCAUCUCUUGUUAAUGGAUUCUCUACCAAUCAGAGGGUCCAAAAAUCUCUCCAAUCUCAUUACCAAUUUAGCAGAAAAGGACAUAAAAUUUUCUUGCAUUAUCAAUCAGCCUUUUGUGCCUUGGGUGGCAGAUGUUGCUGCUGAUCAAGGCAUUCCUUGUGCCAUGCUUUUUAUACAAGCUUUCUCUCUUUAUUCAAUUUACUGUAAGUACCAUAAGGGAUUAAAGCCACCACCAUUGUUGGAAAACCCUAUUGACUUCUUGGAAGUUCCUGGAUUGCCAUUGUUAGAAGAGAAAGAUCUUCCCACAUUUAUCCUUCCUUCAAGCCCUUAUCACUUUAGAAAAUUGGUCUCUGAUUCAGUUAAAAGUUUGGAAAAGGUGAAAUGGGUGUUGGUGAAUUCAUUCUCCGAGCUCGAAACAGACGUUCUUCAGUCUAUGGAUUCACUCAGUCAAGUGUUUCUUCUUCCUGUAGGCCCAUUGGUGCCUUCUCUUUUUCAAGUAAAAGAAGACAACGCCAUGACUAAAGACUCUUGUCUGCAAUGGCUUGACAAUAAGCCACCUUCUUCAGUCAUUUACAUUGCCUUUGGUAGCAUAACUGUGUUAGAUAAGAAACAGAUGGAGAAUAUAGCUAUGGCUUUGAAGAAAAGCACACGACCAUUUCUUUGGGUGGUGAGGACACCGGAGAGAGACUCCGAGGACAAAAUUGCAGAACUGCCGUUAGGGUUUUUGGAGGAGACGAAAGAAAGAGGGCUGGUGGUGUCAUGGUGUUGUCAAGAAAGGGUUCUUAUGCACCUGGCGGUGGCGUGUUUCAUGAGCCACUGCGGGUGGAAUUCGACGUUGGAGGCAGUGGUGGCCGGAGUGCCAACGAUCGGAUUUCCGGGAUGGACAGAUCAGCCCACAAAUGCGAAGCUUGUGGUUGAUGUUUUCAAGAUGGGUGUGAGAAUGUUGGCUGGGGAAGAUGGUGUUGUUAGGCAAGAGGAGGUGGAAAGGUGCAUUGCUGAGGUCACUGAAGGGCCUAGAUCAGGAGAGAUGAAGAAGAGGGCAAUGGAGUUGAAGGAAGCGGCUAGGAAAGCGGUGGCGGAAGGUGGUUCUUCUGAUCGGAAUAUUGAUCAAUUCAUUGAUGAAAUCACUGGCCAAACUUCCAAGACUCUGACCAUGAUGGUUCGGACCAGAAUAUGCUCUUCUUAUGGAGAAAGAGAAACCACUGAUCGGAGCCGAAUAGCGGUGGCGACUGCCAAGUGUUCCGAACACCUCCACCAUCAUGCAAUAAGUGAUGAUGAAGAAGAUGAUGAUAAAGAUAAUGGUGUACUUAACCAUUUCUACCACAUGUUGUUGCUUCUUUGUUAA